UACCUUCGGGUGUAUUCCUUCUGCUCCUUCUGUUAACUGCGUAUUAUAAGUUGAGACUCCGCCAAAAUCUGUUCGCUUAGACUAAAACAUAAAAGUUAAAAGAAAGUCAAAAAAUAAAAAUGGCAAGUUUAAGUAGAUACGCGUUAAUUAAAAUGUUGGAAUUGGCUAUCGUUGUGGUGUGCAUUUGGCUCCAUCACGAAGCCAGAUCCGGCGAUUUCACCACCGAUUUUAUCUCGGCAACCGCAUUCGGUGGUUUUGCGAUAAUUUUAGUCGCUGGAGCCGUUGGUCAUAUUAUGGGUAGCCCCAUAACGAGACGAAUCGACUUGUUCUUCUGUUUGGUGGGGAUUGCGGUUUUCGUAGCGGCUGGCGCCCUCAAUAUUAAACAUUUUGAGAAUUCAAGUGGAAAAUGGAAAGAUUAUGGGUUAGCGAAGGGUUCGUUAGCGGUUAUUAAUGGAGUUUUCUUCCUUUUGGAUGCGGUUACUACAUGGAGAGGAGAUUUUUAAGAAUGGAGUUGUCACAAUAAAAAUUACCUCACUAUUUAUUAAGAAUCAAA